CCAGAUUAGUAUAAAAUACCCCUUGUUGCAAGGUAAAUACAAUCCGUUUUGGUGACGUUUCAAUCUAAAGAUGAAGCUACUCCUCCUAGGAUCUUUGACAGUGUUGCUGGUCUGGUCAUCCUUGGCCUUACCAACAGAUGACGAGAUUGACCAAGAUAUUGACCAAGAGAUUUUAGAUGCCGCUGCUCGUGCAACGAACGAGGUACAGGACGAUGGGGAAACCGACGAAGAAGACGAUGAGGAAGAAAAAUGUUUGAAAGCAUGUGCUGAUAAAGAGGGCGAGGAAAUGGAAAAUUGUAUUGCGGCCUGUUUGGUUGAGGAAGAUAAAGGCUUGGGACAACGGACAAUUGAGAAACAACGCAAACGAGGGUGGUUCCGCCGAGCCCUCAGAAGAAUUAGAUGGAGACGUGUGUUAGAGGUUGCUGUUCGUGCAAUCGGCUAGUCAGAUCGCUAGACAGAAAACACGCUGUACGAUCAAAUUGAAGCAAGAAAAAAUGAUUUACUAAUGUCAAGAUUAACUGAGUGUAUUAAUAUUUUAGGACUUGUUAACCCAAAUAUGUCAAGAAUUAAAAUAACGAGGAAAAUACCAUCAACUGUUUUGAAUUACUCUGUCUUAUUAUGCAUUUGUUCUAAAAUUUUAA